ACCUCGUGUUGUAUUGUGGGUAUAUUACCUGAACAAAGAUGGCGGACCUAUUUGGGGAAGGACUGUUCAACGUUUUUGACGAAGAGCAACAAAGUUCGUCCAGCAAAAAGACUCCCGCGAGUGCAGCUACUGAGACAGAGAAAGCUGCAGGUAAAUAUGGCGCUGACAAAGAUGCAGGCUCCUCCACCCGGACAAAGAGGGAGGCAGAUGAUGAUCCGGGGGAGGAGGUGGUUUUUGGGAAGAAACCUCGAAAUGAGGCGGCCUCAGUUAAUGACCUAAAUCUUUCAGAGUUUAUGCCUCAAAUAAAAGUGGAGCAGGUGGACACAGUGGAAGGAUGUUCGCAUGAGGUUGCUUUGCCUGCGGAUUACGAGUUUAAACCUCUAAAACAAAGAGUUGGGAAAGCAGCUAAGGAAUACCCCUUCGUACUCGAUCCUUUCCAGCGUGAGGCCAUCUUAUGCAUCGACAACAACCAGUCUGUGCUUGUGUCUGCACACACCUCUGCCGGAAAAACUGUUUGUGCUGAAUAUGCCAUUGCGCUGGCUCUACGAGAAAAGCAGAGAGUCAUAUUCACAAGCCCAAUCAAGGCGCUCUCCAAUCAGAAGUACAGAGAGAUGUAUGAGGAGUUUCAGGAUGUGGGUCUGAUCACAGGAGACGUCACCAUCAACCCCACCGCCUCUUGUCUUGUCAUGACUACAGAGAUCCUGAGGAGCAUGCUGUACCGGGGCUCGGAGAUCAUGAGAGAAGUAGCAUGGGUCAUCUUUGAUGAAAUCCAUUACAUGAGGGAUGCAGAACGUGGUGUGGUUUGGGAGGAAACCAUCAUUCUUCUUCCCGACAACGUACAUUAUGUGUUUUUGUCUGCCACCAUUCCUAAUGCUAGGCAGUUUGCAGAGUGGAUCUGCCAUUUGCACAAGCAGCCAUGCCAUGUGGUUUACACGGAUUACCGCCCCACUCCUUUGCAGCACUACAUCUUUCCAGCAGGUGGCGAUGGACUUCACUUAGUUGUUGAUGAGAAUGGCGACUUUAGAGAAGACAAUUUCAACACAGCCAUGCAGGUGCUGAGAGAUGUUGGAGAUUCUGGGGGCAGUGGCGGCGGCAAGUGGGACCCGAGAGGACGAAAAGGAGGCACCAAAGGUCCAUCUAGUGUUUUUAAGAUCGUGAAGAUGAUCAUGGAGAGGAACUUCCAGCCUGUUAUCAUCUUCAGCUUCAGCAAAAAGGAAUGUGAGGCCUAUGCUCUACAAGUGGCCAAACUCGACUUCAACACUGAUGAUGAGAAACGUCUGGUGGAAGAAGUCUUCAACAAUGCGGUGGACUGCCUCUCGGAUGAGGACAAGAAACUGCCUCAGGUGGAACAUGUUUUGCCGCUAUUGAAAAGAGGGAUAGGUAUCCAUCAUGGCGGUCUACUGCCCAUUCUGAAAGAGACGAUAGAAAUUCUGUUCUCUGAAGGUUUGCUCAAGGCGCUGUUUGCCACUGAAACCUUUGCCAUGGGAAUCAACAUGCCAGCCCGCACUGUGCUCUUCACCAGCGCUCGCAAAUUUGAUGGCAAGAGCCACCGCUUUAUCACGUCAGGCGAGUACAUCCAGAUGUCAGGCCGUGCUGGAAGAAGAGGGAUGGACGACAGGGGGAUUGUUAUUUUCAUGGUGGAUGAGAAGAUGAGUCCUGCUGUGGGGAAACAGCUUCUAAAGGGCUCAGCAGACCCUUUGAACAGCGCUUUCCAUCUGACCUACAACAUGGUGCUGAACCUGCUGCGAGUGGAAGAGAUCAACCCAGAGUACAUGCUGGAGAAGUCCUUCUACCAGUUCCAGCACUACAGGGCCCUGCCCGGCGUGGUGGAGAAAAUUAAGAAGUUGGAGGAGCAGUACCACACCAUUGAGAUCCCGAACGAAGAGAGCGUGGUCACCUACUUUAAGAUCAGGCAGCAGUUAGCCAAACUGAGCAAAGAGAUACAAGAGUUCAUCCACAAGCCCAAAUACUGCCUGCCCUUCUUGCAGCCCGGACGGCUCGUGAAGGUUAAAAAGGAUGAUGCAGACUUCGGUUGGGGAGUUGUUGUAAACUUCUGCAAAAAGACAAAUGUAAAGGCCAGCACAGACUCGGACCCGCUGUAUGUAGUGGAGGUAUUGCUCCACUGUAGCAAGGAAAGCAUGAAAAACGCUGCAACUGAAGCUGCCAAACCUGCUCCACCAGGGGAGACUGGAGAGAUGCAGGUGGUUCCAGUGAUGCUCCACCUCCUCACAUCCAUCAGCUCAGUUCGUCUGUACAUCCCCAAAGAUCUGAGGCCCUUUGACAACAGACAGCUGAUGCUCAAGUCCAUACAGGAGGUGCAGAAACGUUUCCCAGAUGGCGUUCCUCUGUUAGACCCCAUCGAUGACAUGGGCAUCAAAGACCCCGGGCUGAAAAAAGUCAUUCAGAAGGUGGAGGCCUUUGAGCACCGCAUGUACACCCACCCGCUGCACAGUGACCCCAACUUGGAGUCGGUUUACUCUCUCUGCGAGAAAAAAGCUCUGAUUGCCACAGAGGUCCGAACGGCCAAACGAGAGCUGAAGAAGGCUCGCACCGUCCUGCAGAUGGAUGAGCUGAAAUGCCGGAAGAGGGUUCUGCGGAGACUCGGCUUCGCCAGUCCCUCCGAUGUCAUCGAGAUGAAGGGGCGGGUCGCCUGUGAAAUCAGCAGUGGUGAUGAGCUUCUGCUGACAGAGAUGAUGUUCAACGGCCUCUUCAACGACCUGUCAGUGGAACAGGCCACCGCUCUGCUGUCCUGCUUUGUCUUCCAGGAGAACGCCAGCGAGAUUCCCAAACUGACCGAACAGCUGGCAGCGCCGCUCAGACAGAUGCAGGAGUGUGCGAAGCGCAUCGCCAAAGUGUCGGCAGACGCCAAGCUGGAAGUGGACGAGGAGACGUAUCUGAGCCAGUUCAAGUCCCACCUGAUGGACGUGGUCUUUGCCUGGGCCAACGGGUCCAGCUUCUCCCAGAUCUGCAAAAUGACCGACGUCUUUGAAGGAAGCAUCAUCCGCUGCAUGCGCCGUUUAGAGGAAGUGCUGCGACAGAUGUGCUCGGCUGCCAAAGCCAUUGGAAACACGGAACUGGAGAACAAGUUUGCAGAAGGAAUAACGAAGAUAAAGAGAGACAUCGUCUUUGCUGCUAGUCUCUAUUUAUAGUGACUUUCCUUCACACCGUCUGCAAUGUUUUACACACACACCUCUUUACAACAUCAAACCUGAACUGAGGUGUGU